AGUGCCACCAUAAUCACGUGCACCCGCUAAAGUCACAAAUUCGCUUAGCCCUAGUCCCACAACCAGUCGCAAAUUGACCCUCGGACAUCUUCAAUUCUCAACGUCGACAACCCACACAAUUCAACGCCACCAUGUCGUCCAAGGUCAAGGCUGGUCAGCUCUGGGGCAAGAACAAGGAUGAGCUCGCCACACAGCUCGAGGAGUUGAAGUUGGAGCUUAACCAGCUCCGCGUUCAGAAGAUCUCUUCCGGCGCUUCCUCCAAGACUCAGAGAAUCGGCGAGGUUCGCAAGUCGAUCGCUCGUGUUCUCACCGUUAUCAACGCCAACCAGCGCGCUCAGCUGCGUCUGUUCUACAAGAACAAGAAGUACCUCCCGCUCGACCUCCGCCCCAAGCUCACCCGUGAGAUCCGCCGCCGUCUCACCAAGCACGAGCGUACCCAGACCAUCGACAAGCUCCGCAAGCGUGCCAUCCACUUCCCCCAGCGGAAGUACGCCGUUAAGGCUUAAACGCAGAACUUGUUCGGAUAUGGAGUUUUGUGGGAAGACGUUGCUGGCCUUGGACAUGAGCAGGACGUGACUGUGGAUCCGAAUGCUUGUGUAGGGGUCGGUUUUCUCUUUUUUUUACAUCCAAAAAAUGGAAUUUGAUUAUGUAUCUAAAUAGGAUGCAAAUCGACUCUUGACAUGACAUGAUUUUAGACAUUCUCCAAGUUUCCUUGCUCUUGCUUUCAUGUACGACUAGUGAGGAUAUCACAUGGAUAUGUAUAGUCUGC